UCUCUCAUGGUUAUCAUAGACGUGGUGGAAUCUGGCUAUUGUCUGUGUUGUCAAAGGAAGAAAAUUGGAAGUGAGGGGAAAACGAGGGAUGUUUGGGGAUUUCCGUUUUGAUCGCGGUAUACUUCCGAUCAUCUGAUUGCCGCCCGCUGAUUGGCUUUCCGCUUGAGCUUCAAUUUUACCCUCUUCGGCAUCCUCGAGUUCUUCUCCGCCCUUUCUUUCGUCUCACAUCUCCUCCGUCCUCAUCCUCGACGACUCCCCAACCCCCUCCCCAUUCCUCUCUCCACCUCCUCGCACCCUCCCUUCUCUUCCUCUCCGCCCACCAUGUCCAAGGCCACCGUCGCAGCCAUUGCCGCCGCCAGUGCGGCCACCGGCGCCGGCCUGACGGCUCUCUUCUACUCGUCCCCCCGACCUCAGCCACAACAGCAGCAGCAACAGCUCCCAACUCCUCCCACUCCCUCCACCUCUGCAGCCAAGGUCCCCGCCUCCCAGCCCGCUGCUCCCUCCCUCGCUCCCAAACCCACCAACCUCGCCCCCGUCGACCCAGCAGGCAUCUACCAAUAUGGCUUCCCCGGCCCCGUCGCCGAUACACUCCUUUCCGCGCCUCUGGCCGGUGGCUACGACCGUCGCAUGCGGAACCCCUCCUGGGUCGCCGAACACAUCACCCCUCAAUCGCUCGCCCAGAAGAACGCCGACCGCAAGAGCAGCACCUUCUACGAAGACACCACCAUCCCUCCCCUCUUCCGGGCCAAGCUAUCGGACUACUUCCGGUCUGGCUACGACCGCGGCCACCAGGUCCCUGCCGCCGACGCAAAAUGGUCUCAAGACGCCAUGAACGCCACUUUCGCCUUGACCAACAUGUGUCCCCAGGUUGGAGAGGGCUUCAACCGCGACUACUGGGCGCACUUUGAGGAAUUCUGCCGCGACUUGGCCAAGAAGUAUCCCUCUGUUCGCGUGGUCACCGGUCCUCUUUACCUGCCUCACCGUGAACAGGACGGCAAGUGGCGCGUCUCGUACGAGGUCAUCGGUAACCCGCCUAACGUCGCGGUCCCGACCCACUUCUACAAGGUUAUCUAUGCGGAGGAGAGCCCGUCCACGGCUGGCAAGGUCGCGCUGGGCGCGUUCGUGCUGCCCAAUGCUCGUAUCGCGAAUGAUAAGCGGUUGGCGGAGUUUGAGGUGCCGUUGGAGGCGGUCGAGAGGGCUAGUGGAUUGGAGUUCGCGAAUAAGCUGGAUGCUGGCCGUCGUAAGCGUCUGUGCCAGGAGGUCAAGUGCGAUGUUGUUGUGCGCGAGUUCAACAAUGCCAACAAGCGGUCUUAGGCUUGUAUAGUGUAGAGUGAGAAAUGGGGAGCAGUGAGGGUGUUCCGCCGGGACGGGUAAAAACCUAUUAUUAUAUUGUACUCUAGACUUAUCAUUAUUCCCUCGUCAGCAUUAAAUAUUAUUUCGACUACAGCACUGUAUAGCU